AUGAUGGCUUCGAAAGACCCGUUAGCUAUUGUUUAUCGGCGACAAAGUAAUUAAUUAAACAACAGCUUCAAGGUAUUGAGUAAUCUAUUUAGCAUGUUGGUAAUAUUGUUAGACAUUUGAGCACCUUGAGGAUGGAAUCGUAUGAGGUAUGAAUAUUGAUUGAGAGUUGAUCAGGUAAGUCCUUAUGAGUACAUAAUGAAGUAAUGUAACCAGUCUCUCUAUCCUGAUCAUUCACAUCAUCUCACAUCGUCUCAUAUCUUCCAAUCUUCCAAUCUUUCAAUCUUCCAAUCCCAUAGCAUUCCGAUUUCUGCUUCGAUCUUCAAUCUUAUCAAUUAUCUAACUACCACCAAACAUAACACUCAACAGUAAGUUAUCUCAGAGUAUCUCAUUCAUGAAAAAGCUAACGAAAUCAAGUGUACACCUCAAAAAUCGUCCUCACAGUCUUCGCACUCUUUCCCUCCAUCAAGGCAGGCACCACAGCACCCCACGCAGCCGCGCUCCUCAAAAGACAAGGAUUAUACACCUGGGAAGCCGAGGGAAACGACUGCGAUGUCCACAUCAACGCCUGCAUCAUCCGAGGCGGCGACCCAACCCUCGACGAGGACGACGACAACUUCAGCACCGGAUUCGGCUGUCCCAAGAAACUACAAACGUUCAUCUCAAAGGUCGCAAAAGGGAUCAAUGAUGCGGGAGAGACCGGAUAUUGUAACAUUACUGUGAAAAUCGACAAGAAUUGCUGUGUCAAUAAUAGAUGCUCGGUUUGGGAGGUCAAUAGAAAUCGACGUGUGGUUAAGACGAAUGGUGCUUAUGAGGAGGAGACGCAGGGGGAUGUGCAUUUUUCGAAGGCGUGCCCGAAGGGUACUUAUAUUCAGAGUGAGACUCGCCUUAUUUGA